UAUGGGCCCAGCUUGCUCAUUCGAUAUUGCAAGUUCAUGAGUAAUCCCGGAACAUACAUACAUCACCAUGACCUCCGUAUUUGAAGACUUUGAACAAGGCCAGCGAAUUGGCUCUGGCCCUCUUCUCGCAGCGGCUCUCACUCCCGUUGCCCCCGCCGAAUACCCCGAGCGACUCCAAUCAUUCUACCGCUUCUCCAAUGCCGCGCGCGUUACUGCAGAUCUUCGCUAUACCCUCUUUCAGGCUAGUGGCUUGAAAUUACCGAAGCAAGAACAGAAUGCUUGGAUUGAUAUCUUUUCUGCCUAUUGGACCGCAGUUGGAGAGAUCACCAAGUUCACGGAUUCUCCGUCGAACGCGAGCUGGGUCAGGGUCUUCAACUCUUGGAAAGACUUGGCAAAUAUCCUCAUCAGAGGUUACUCGAACUUCGGACUUCAGGCGUGGACGGUACCGUGUUUAUAUAUCGUGGGGAAAUACUUACGCACCUUCGCCAUGAAAGCAGACGCUGAACUAUCAUCUCAAGAUUCACUUACAUUUGGCGCCAAUUUCCAAGAUGACAUAGCUGCCGACUUUGAAAAGAGCGCGAAACUUGAGGAGUCGGCUCGUAUUAUCAACCGGAUGUUUACUUUGUGCCUUAGCGACAGGGCAUCGAUUGAGGAGUCGCGCAAAUGGGGAAUAUACAAUACAACCAAUCUAUUGUUCAAGACCUAUUUUAAGAUCAACUCUGUUUCUCUUUCCAAGAACCUGCUUCGUGCGCUCAACGCUUCGUCAGCGGAUCUCCCAGAUAUGGAGGUCUUCCCUAAAUCUCACAUAGUUACUUUUAAAUAUUAUGUUGGAUUGAUUCAUUUCCUGGAUGAAAACUAUGCAGAGGCUGAAGAGCACCUAGCAUACGCUUGGAAUAUGUGCCACAAAAAUGCAAUCAAGAAUAAAGAGCAGAUCCUCCUCUAUCUUAUCCCCUGCCACCUUGUCACAACGCAUACUUUACCUAGCAAAAGGCUUCUUGCCCCAUUUCCCAGGCUUGAGAAGCUGUUCCGUCCCCUUUGUAGCUGUAUCAUGAAGGGCGAUCUCAAUGGCUUCGAUAAUGCUAUGGCAGCAGGAGAAGAAGAAUUUGUUAAGCGGCGCAUCUAUCUGCCUCUUGAGAGGGGACGUGACAUAGCAUUGCGGAAUCUCUUCCGAAAGGUCUUCAUUGCCGGAGGCUUCGAAGAAUCCAAGGAGGGCCAGCCACCAAUUCGACGUACACGUGUCCCAGUUUCCGAAUUCGCAGCAGCGCUGAGAAUAGGCACCCAUGCUGAUGAUAGAUCUCGUGUUGACAUUGACGAGGUUGAGUGUCUGUUAGCGAACCUUGUCUACAAAGGCCUUAUGAAAGGUUAUAUUGCUCGUGAGCGCGGCAUGGUUGUUCUGAGCAAGGGCGGCACGGCGUUCCCAGGAACAGGUGUUUAGUAUCUUACAGCCAGCUUGAGACGAGAAGCACUAUGCUCCUGAUUAUCUUCCUAUAUCACUUACAUACACUGUGACCAGAACUUGUGACCAGAACUUACGACCACAACAGUAUCACUUUCCACACGACCCUGAAUGCAGAUCGUCGAGUUAUUAACUUGUGCUGCCCGGGCGUCUAUGACUUGGUCACCUGGACCUUGGUGACUUUGCGUUGCACACAAACUUUACCCUAGUCUACCAUCUAUAUAACAUUUGGUGACUAGAUUUGUGACAUACCUCACGCGACAUGAACAGUAGUGCAUUGCAAAGGAUUACUGAGUGAUAGCCACUCAGAAACUUGUUACCCCAUUGAUCAUUUCGAUGAAAGGGCGAAGAGAGAGAGAGAGAGAUAGCAUUUUCAAUGAACAUACAAUAGAUGCGUCAUGAUUUAUGACAUUUAGAUGCCUUGUAUUGGUAAUUCAAUUUUGACAUUGUACCGAGAAAG